AAACGUGGUAGUGGUUAAAGUUUUGAGGUUAUGUAUCGAACAAUACAUAAAAGGCAUAAAAGCAAGUGAAAAAUAUUUUUGUUUAUUAAUUUAUAAUAUAAACAAUAAAUAAAAUAUUACCAUAAAUAUAUUAUUUACGGAAAGAAGUGAAGUAGAUUAAGAUUGUUGAAAAAUUAAUAAUUGAAGAAAAUGAAGAUCAGCAAAGUUAAAAGAAGUAAUCAGAAACGAACAAAAUUGGCAAAACAAGGGAAACUAAAGGCACGAAGACAUCGGGAUAAGCCGAAAAAACAAUUUCAAAAAGCUCCACAAACUCAAAUUAAUAAUGUUCAGGAAGAGGAGGAAGGAAGUGAUGACGAUAGGAAUAUGUUGGAAAUGGUCGAAAAAGAUGAUUUGACUUUUCUGAAGGAGGCAAUUUCCAAUAAAUCUUACGAACUUUUGAAAAAAAUUCGUUGUACAGACAAUUCAAAACAAAGUAAAAAGGCUAAGAAAACGGAAGAAAACUUAGAAUACAGAUAUGAGAAAUCAGCUUUCAAAGGAGUUGAAGAAGAUAUGGGGAAAGAAUUCAAGUUUCUUUUGCCAAUUAAGACUAAAGAUGGUUUUGUCAAAACUAGAGCAAUUGAAAAGGAUAAUGUUGAAGAUGAAGAGACGGCAGAAGGAGACGAAGAAGAUAUGGAAAUUAAUGAAGAUGAAAAAAGUGAUAAUGAGUCCUUGGAUUUAGAACUGAAAGAAGACACCAAGGAAUUUGAUGAAACUGAACUCGUUUCUACCGCAAAAUUGUUGGCAUGUCGUGAGGAAGUUUUAAAAUCUCGACGUUACACAAUUGGCAUUUUAUCGAGCAGCAUUUUGGAAGAUCCACAAUUAAGAGCAAAGAAUUUCACACUCUUGCUCGAUUUCAUGGAGGAAAGAAAUCCGGAAGUUUACAUUACUGUUAGAAAAUUAGCAACAGCUUCGUUACUCGAAAUUUUCAAAGAUAUUCUACCGUCUUAUCAUAUUACACAAGUUAAUCAAGAAGGAGUUAAAUUGAAAAAGGAUACGUUUCAAUUGCAAAAUUUUGAAGCGGACUUGCUGAAGAAUUACAAGAACUAUUUGCAAAAAUUGGAAAAAAUGGCUAAAUUAUUGUACAGAAAGGGAAAUUCGAUGCGAAAAUUGAACGAUCGGGAAAUUCAAUUGGCAACAUUGGCCGUGAAUUGCAUGUGCGAUUUAUUAAUCACGCAUCCAUAUUUCAAUUUUUCAAAUAAUAUCGCAAAAUUCCUUAUUCCAUUAUUAGAUAACAAACUCUCGUCGACAAGGGAAAUUGUCAUGAAAUGUUUUACACAAAUUUUCAAGGAGGACAAACGUGGAGAAAUAACUUUAAUGAUCGUGCAACAAUUAAAUAAAUACAUAAAACCACGAGGACACACUGUUCAUCAUGAGGUAAUAUCCGUUCUAUUGGGAUUGCGAAUAAAGGAUAUAAAUUUGGAUAAAGAAAAGGAGGAGGAAUUGAAGAAACAAAAAUUAAUGUCCCAUAAGCAGAGGAUUUUGUCGCUCAGCAAACGUGAACGAAAGAAGAGUAAAAAACUCGAACAAGUUGAGCAGGAAUUAUUGGAAACGAAAGCCGAGGAAAAUAAAAAGGCGGCGGAAAAAGUUUUUACUGAUAUCACAUCUUUAGUGUUUACAAUUUAUUUCCGAAUUUUAAAGGAAGCGCCAAGUAGUAAAAUUUUGUCCGCCUGCUUAGAAGGAUUGGCCAAAUUUGCCCAUUGUAUCAAUUUGGAAUUCUAUCAGGAUAUCGUCAAUGUUUUGAGUGCUUUAUUGGACGAAGGAAAUUUAGCUUUGAGAGAAAGACUCAAUUGUAUUCGAACCGUUUUCAUCAUUUUAUCCGGCCAGGGUUCGGCUUUGAAUAUUGAUCCCCACAGAUUUUAUUCUCAUCUUUAUAAAAAUCUAUUAAGCAUAAAUGCGGGGAAAACUUGCACGGAAAUUGACGUUGCUUUGAAGGUAUUAGUUAUAGCAUUGGUUCAUCGACAGAAGAAUAUUUCUCAAAAUCGUUUGAUAGCGUUUGUAAAAAGAAUUGCUACAAUGGCAUUAGGUUUGCAGCAUAAUGGAGCACUUGGCGUUCUUGGCGUUAUUAAAAUGAUAAUGCAACUUGGAAAAGCAGCUUAUAUUUUAUUAGACACUGACAGUGGUUGCGGUGAUGGUCUUUAUUUGCCGGAAUUAGACGAUCCUGAAUAUUGUAAUGCAAAAUCUACAUCUUUAUGGGAAAUUGUCGCAUUGCAGCGACAUUAUCACAACACUGUUCAUCAAGUUGCAAAAAAUAUUGCUUGGGAAGUUCCAGCCAGCGGUGAAGGAAGUUUAUCUCCUGAAAUUGCAAAAUUAAAUCCCGAAGAACUUUGCCAAGAAUACGAUCCUACGACAGUUGCUUUUAAGCCAGCAGUAGCAAUUCCGAAAAAAGUGUCUCCGAAAGCUUCGAUAAAACACGAAUACGCUAGUAUUAAAUUUGAAACGUACGUUAAUGAAUGUUUCGACAAGACUUCAAUUACUGACAAUGAAAGCUUCGAUAUUUGCUCCGCACUUCGAAAAAGAAAAAUUGCCAAAUCAGAAAAACCGUCUAAAUUCUCAAAGAAGAAACGUAAAUAACGUUUAUUGUACAUAGAAAUUAAUACAUUUUCGUGUUUUCAAAUUAGAAUGUAAAAAAAUGUUUUUUAUUUUUUAAAUAAUGUGUAUAAAUACAGAAUAAAUGAAAAUAAUUUUCAGAUUAUUAAA